AAAGUCGUUUCCUAGAACAGCUGCGCAGAUUGUCACUGAUUCAUCGGUACCACCAUCAUCGCCACCGUAAUGGCCAAGCGUGCGAAACCUCAAAUACAAACCCAAAUUUCCGAAAACCCUUCCGUCUCCUCCAAAAUCCCAUUCCGACCCCGCAAAAUCUUAAAAGUAUCCAACACCCCCAACGCCGCCAAGCCCUCUCCCUCCUCCCCCGCGCUCCCCAAAACCCUAAUCCCACUAACCUCCCAAUCCGAAAUCAAUCUCGCCCUCCAACACUUGCGGAGUUCCGACCCGAAUUUAACAGCCCUGAUCGACUCCUACACCCCGCCGUCCUUCGAUUCCAGCCGUCCACCUUUCAUAUCCCUUGCAAGAAGCAUUAUUUACCAGCAACUCGCCACCAAAGCCGCCCAAUCGAUCUACAACCGGUUUGUUUCGCUCUGCGGCGGCGAGGCCUCGGUGAUUUCCGAUGUCGUUUUGUCGCUCUCGGCCCAGCAGCUCAGGACAAUCGGCAUCUCGGCCCGAAAAGCUUCGUAUCUUCACGACCUGGCCGAGAAGUACAGCGAUGGAACUUUGUCCGAUACGUCGAUUCUCGAAAUGGACGAUGAGGCUCUGCUCACAAUGCUGACUCUGGUGAAGGGAAUUGGGGUUUGGUCGGUCCACAUGUUCAUGAUUUUCUCGCUUCGCCGGCCGGACGUGCUUCCGAUUGGCGAUCUCAGCGUGAGGAAAGGAGUGAAGUUGUUGUAUGGGUUGAAGGAGUUGCCGAAGCCGUGGGAGAUGGACGAGCUGUGUGAGAAAUGGAGGCCUUAUAGGUCUGUUGGUUCAUGGUACAUGUGGAAGUACAUGGAGGCCAAGGGGGUCUUGUAGCAGAAAUUGAGGAGGCUCAGCUCAUAUGGUUUCGAGCUUUAUGAAACUCCCGGGUAAUCGCCAUUUUGCUCUGAAUUUCGUGAUCUGUUGCAUUGUUAUUGAAUAACUUUUUAGUUUGUAUAUAUGUUGUAGGAUUGAAUUUCUGUUCGAGUUCACUGGUUUCUUAGAUUGAAAGUAUGAAACUUGAAAUUAUGUUUCUGUAAUCUAUUGGUUCUGUAAUAGAAGAUGAGGUUUUACCGUUUUAGUAUUUGCUUGUGAAAAAUUGAGCCGGAAGAUUCAGUUCUAUUUGAAAGUUGUCUAAAUGUAGCAUCACUUGAGGUGUGAUGCCACAUUUGAUAAUUGUAUGACGAGUGACGACGAAUGAUUUGAUUGGGAUAUAUAAGCAUCAUAAAUAAAACACCACUUGUGGAUUAUGUCUC